AUGACUUCUCAGGCCGAAGGCCUACCCACACCUACACAUACAAUAGCAGAGAAAGGAAAGAACCGCAAGGAUCCCGAAACAAUGCCUACAGAAGAAAGAACCGCAGACUCCGACAUUGAAAUGAUGGAAGAAGACGAGACUCCACACACCGAGAAAAUACAUAAUACAGACCUAUCCUCUCAACAAAACUUUGGCUGGCCGAAUCCUAGAACCAAAUUACAGAGACCGCGCCCAAGGUCUCCUUUUGACCCAAGUAGCAGAUAUGACCGUACUAGAUGUAAAGUGGGAAUCAAAGCACAAGAUAUUCCAGGAGACACCAAUACAAAAAAAAUAAUUUUCUUGACUAGAGCUCUAGGCUCGCCAGAAGACCUCCUCAACAUCCGCAGUGAACCUCUCAACGAUGAGACACACAUCACUGCCCUUUUCGGCAACCAGCAGGCAGCACAAGAAGUUAUCACUAUCAACAUACAACUCACCUUUUCCAAAUUUGGAACGAUCAACAAUAUCACGAUGAGGACUCAUCAAAUGUGGCAAUCCACGACCAUAACCUUCCAAGACAAGAAUGACAAACUCAAAGUUACCAAUCAAGGAAGCAUACUAAUCAAAGGGGACUCUAUCAGGGUCUUUGAUGCAAUACUAGACAUGAAACAAAUGAAGAACCAAGUAUCUAUUGCAGCAAAACUAACUGGCCUCCCACCUAAUACGACAGCAUUUGACUUAAAACACAUAUGUCAACAAGUCGACGCUAAAACCUGUUAUAUCACUCAUCAUAUGACAUAUACCAGAAAAAGAUACGCAGUACUGAGUUUUGAAACUGAGACUAAACAAAAAGAAGCACUCAACAAAACCUUCACUUUAGGGGAAACAGACACUACUAUCAUGCCCAUGGAUACAAAACUUUGUGCUAUCUGUGACCAAUACAACCACCUUGCAGCACAAUGCCCAAGAAAGGAAAUCUACCAACAAUGGACCGAAUACAACAAAGGACAAGCAGAACACUUCAGAAACAGUCAAAAUAGCAAUCAUAAUAACCAAGCUGAUGAUGACUUUGGUACUGAAUCGAAAUCUCAAUAUAUUGAAAAUACCAACCCAAACACCUCAUUACUCUCCAAUACAACAGACAACGAAUCCAUCACUACACUUCUAACACAAACCAACUCCUUACCCCAUCAAAAGAAACAACUAACAACAGACCAUCACCCCAGCUCUCAGAACAGCAGAACCGAAACCUUUGACAAUACACAAACGGACAAACCCUUCAUCACAAUCACAACACUAAACUGCAGAGGACUUAACGAUGAAGCCAAACGUAACACAUGGAUGGAAGCUUGGCAACAACACUCUUAG